AUGGAUAAUUGUUCUUCGGAUAAGGUUCCCAUGGCCUUCGGUUAUAAGAUUUCUGUUGAUCCAUCAGGUGAAUCUGUUGAUCACAAGUCUUAUAAAGGUAUCAUUGGCUCUCUGAUGUGCCUCACUGCUAGCCGACUGGAUAUAAUUUUUGCAACAAGUGUAUACGCAAGGUACCAGGCUGACCCAAAAGUGUCUCAUAUGAACGCAGCCAAACAAAUCCUACGAUACUUAAAAGGAAGCAAACCUCUUGGAUUAUGGUACCUCACAAGAAAUGAUUUCAGUCUUCAAGAAUUUAGCGAUGCAGAUCAUGCCAUAUGCAAACUUGAUCGUAAAAGCACCUCAGGUGGAUUUCAAUUUCUGGGUGGAAGACUAGUCAUCUGGUCCUCAAGGAAACAAAACUGUGUAUCACUGUCUACCGCAGCAGCUAAAUAUGUGGCCGCGGCCAGUUUUGCUCUCAAUUCUUAUGGAUGA